CUUCUGUAUCUGGGCUGAAAGCGGGGAGAAAACACCCGGAUUACGAUACCAACAAAACGAUAAUAAAUCACCACAAAGGUGGGAUAUAAUGAGUGAGCUGGCAAUGGAUGAUCAUGGACUGCCGGUGGUGGCAUAUAUAAGCUUCUUGUUCGCCGGCUGGGCGUGAAGGCGUAGGUGAGGCACAAGAAUCUCUUGGUACCAUAAGCUCUAGGAACUCUUGUGUAUACCACCAAGCACCUCUUUAAAAGCUUCAAGAUGGUCAGAAAGCUCAAUGCGCUCUGCGCGGUGCUGGGGCUCGUCGGCGCGUCCUUUGCUGCUGCUCCAAUGAAGGCAAUUGAGCAGAGGGUCCGGAAAACGACAAUAUCGAAUCGGGCAUUGCACAAGCGCGAAGAUACCGACCCAUCUCUCCUCUAUCCAGCCUACAACCUCUCCGUCCCAGUCGACCACUUCCACAAUGACUCUCUCUAUGAGCCGCAUUCCGACGAAAAAUUCGACUUGCGGUAUUGGUUCGACGCUACGUACUACAAAGAAGGUGGACCAGUGAUUGUUCUGCAGUCAGGUGAAACUGACGGCGUUGGUCGACUGCGCUUUCUACAGAAGGGGUUGCUCCAUGAUCUGGCGGUGGCUACACAUGGAAUUGGUGUUGUGCUCGAACACCGUUACUAUGGGGCAAGUUGGCCGACAGCAAACCUAUCCACGGAGAGUCUGCGAUUCUUGACUACAGACCAAGCUCUUGCGGACCAGGCGUACUUUGCAAAGAACGUUGUAUAUGCUGGGCUGGAGGACAAGAACCUCACAGCUCCUAAUACUGCGUACCUUGCAUAUGGUGGAAGCUAUGCUGGAGCAUUUGUGGCAUUUUUGAGGAAGCUGUAUCCAGAUGUGUACUGGGGCGCUAUUUCUUCCAGUGGAGUUACAGAAGCCAUUUGGGACUACUGGGCGUAUUGGGAGCCUAUCCGUUGGUACGCCGAUCAGCAGUGUAUCGAAUACCAGCAGAAAGUUAUCGACUUGGUGGACAAUAUCAUCCUUCGUGGGAAUGAUUCAGAUACUAAGGCGGAGUUGAAGAGCGCCUUCGGCUUGCCAAAUGUCACUUAUGAUAAUGACUUUGCGACAGUUCUUUCACGCGGAAUCGGUGCAUGGCAAGGGAAGAAUUGGGAUCCAGAGCUUAACGAUCCAUCGUUUGAUCUCUAUUGCGGAAAUCUUACGUCAACUGAGCUCAUUUACCCUAGUUCGAAAGGAUUGAUUGGCACAGUGCAAGAUCUCAUAAAGAAGGGAGGAUAUGAAUCCGAAAUUGAGAAGCUCACCACACCGAUCCUGAAUUGGAUUGGAUGGCUUGCGCAAUACGCAGUCGAUGACUGUGAAGAAUCUCAGGACACCUGUUUCAGCACUCACAAUGUCACCUUUUACGAACAAGACGACAUCACUCAAGAUUGGAGAUCUUGGCCAUACCAGUACUGUACUCAGUGGGGAUAUCUACAAACCGGAUCCGGUUUCCCUGACGAUAUCCUCCCCCUUAUAUCUCGCACCAGUGAUCUCGAGUAUCAAUCUCUCAUCUGCAAGUAUGCAUUCAAUAUCACCACUCCACCAAAUCUUGAAGCGAUCAACAAAUAUGGCGGCUUCAAUAUCUCCUACCCGCGCCUCGCUGUCAUCGACGGAGAGCAAGACCCAUGGAGACCCGCUACUCCCCAUGCUUCCCCUUUCAACACCACUGCCGUCAACAGAACAGAUACUGUCAGCGAGCCUUUCUUGUUGAUUGCAGGAGCUGUGCAUCACUGGGACGAGAACGGACUAUUCCCAAACCAGACGGUAGAUUACCCACCGGACUUCUUGCCACCUGUUCCUGUGCGAGAUGUGCAGGCUCAAGAGAUCAUGUUUGUGCAGGCUUGGAUGCAAGAGUGGGAGUUGGAGCAGAUCAUUAGGAAAUGUGAGGAGUUGAAAGCGUAGAUUUCGUUGUGGAGGGGAUUGUGGCGCGGACGAAGAUCAACCGACAUGGAUUUUUAGGAUACAAUGUUGCUCAAUCAAAAGAUGAUCUAGAAUUCCGGCUUUCCAUAUUUAUGGUGAUAGGCGUAGUUGUGAAAUCGGAAUUAGGAUGCAUGUAGAUACUCAUUGAAGCUGUUGCUCAUUGGUGAUCUUUGAGCCUAAAUGUUUACAUCGUCAAAAGCAGUCAGCUGCUCGAAUGACAGUGAGAAGUCAUAUUGAGACCAGAAAUCUCGGCAGGGUGUAUGAUUGGAAGCCAGAAGCAAUGCAAAUGAAUUAGCGCAUAACCUGA